CAACCAAAUCUUACUCUCCUUACACCUCUCACGCUCCCUCGCCGCGAAAACCCCACGCUUUCACUUCACCUUCGCUCUUACCACCCUUCCCCGGACACCUUAAAUACGCCUCAUCGUUCCCGUCUCCCAUUUCGCCUUCGCUGUUCCCAUUGCAUUUGCGCUUGCUUCGUGUAGAUGUAUGGCUGAGCAACCUACGGACACGCGGUGUCAUCCCCCCGUGCAGUGUUCGCUCGUGGGCGAGGGCGGCCGGCCACCUCCGCUGCAGCCGCCCGAGCAGCUCGCUCCACCUUCUGACCAGGGAGCGAAUGUGCCGCAGACUGAGGCGCAGCCGAGCGAGCAGCGCGCGAGGGCGGAGCGGGGCGUUUCCCGGAGGCACCCCACCUACCGCGGCAUCCGCUUCCGGAGCCGCAAGUGGGUGUCGGAGAUCCGGGAGCCGCGCAAGGCCAGCCGCAUCUGGCUCGGCACCUACCCGACAGCGGAGAUGGCGGCCGUGGCCUACGACGUCGCGGCGCACGCGCUCCGUGGCGCGGACGCCGUGCUCAACUUCCCCGACGAGAUCGCCACCCGCCCGGUGCCCGCCUCGGCCUCCCCCACCCAUAUCCGCGCUACGGCCGCGGAGGCCGCCGCUUUGAUGGUGCCAAAGUCAGGCGCCGCCGACGACAAGGUCGCUGCUCCGCAGCAGCCGGGUGGACUCGGCGAGUUAGCUACGGGCGGCGCGGAAGGGAAAUAUAUAGAUGAGGAGGAGAUAUUUGACAUGCCGCAGUUGCUGGUGAACAUGGCUGAGGGGAUGCUGAUGAGCCCACCAAGGCUGAGCCCGCAUGGGUCCGAAGACUCGCCGGAGGCCUCGGAAAGCGAGAGCUUGUGGAGUUAUCCUUAGCCGCCAUACGAACGAGUUGCAUUGGACCUCUUAUUCGCUAUUUGUGGGGUAUAUUGUGUGUACGUGAACUUCUACAUAGCAAUAAUAAUAUAUGUAAUGUUUGCUAUUAUGUAAUAAUUUUGAUCUCCUUUCUAUGUACUGGAAAUGAAUAAAGCAUCCAUCCAAACUCAUUCAUCUCAA